GCAGUGCCAACAGGGGUGGAGGAUGAGCCAAGGGUUCACGGUGGGGGGAAAGCCCGGUGGUCUGUGGAUGGUUAACAGGAGGCCUGUUUGGCAGGAUGGAGUCAGCCUGGGGAGACAUGAACAUGGCUGGCGUGGCUGGCUCCUGGCCCUGGACACUUGGGAUACCAGGUUCCUCCUGCCUGGUGGCUCUGUCAGGAGGCCGUCAGAUUCUGAGUCACCUUGCCCUCACUGGACCAUCGAGUUGGGAGGAAGAGGAGGGGCUGGGCAGGGAGGCUAACAUCUUUGGCCUUGACUCAGCACGGGGCAGGGAAAGAAGUGGAGCUGCAAGGAGUGAGAGUCACUGAGCUCCCAGCCCCUCUCUGCUUGGUUCUCCAGCCGUGCUGUCUUCUUGGUUGUCCAGCCACAGCCUGUGACCAUAGUGGUCUCUGGGCAUAUGUCCAUUAGAGUGAGGAAUUUGAGUUCCCGACCACAGAAAGGUGGGGUGACCUCUGCUUCUGGUCUGGGUGCUUCCACGGGAGAGUCGGGGAGAGGACGGAACCAUCUCUUGAUGUUGAAAACCAGUCCUCCUGGGCAGCACUGGUCCAGGAGGUCAAGGGUGUCCUCACCUGCCAGUGUGCCAGACUGUCGGGUACCUUAUCCGCUCAGGCAGGUCUGACCACAUUCCUGUGUCAUGAGGCCAUCCGAGUGACCUGCAUGGGUUCCUGCAGGGUGUCCAACAAGGCCAAUGAUGCAGCGUGGGUAGUGGAGGAGGGCUACUUCAACAGUGCGCUGUCGCUGGCUGACAAGGGAAGCCUGCCCGCUGGAGAGCACAACUUCCCCUUUCAGUUCCUGCUUCCUGCCACAGCGCCAACGUCCUUUGAAGGCCCUUUUGGGAAGAUUGUACACCAGGUGCGGGCCACCAUCGACACACCACGUUUUUCCAAGGAUCACCAGUGCAGCCGUGUGUUCUAUAUCUUGAGCCCCCUGAAUCUGAACAGCAUCCCUGACAUCGAGCAACCCAACGUGGCCUCCACCACCAAGAAGUUCUCCUACAAGCUGGUGAAGACGGGCAGCGUGGUCCUCACCGCCAGCACCGACCUCCGUGGCUACGUGGUGGGCCAGGUGCUGCGGCUGCAGGCUGACAUCGAGAACCAGUCAGGCAAGGACACCAGCCCUGUGGUAGCCAGUCUGCUGCAGAAAGUAUCCUACAAGGCCAAGCGCUGGAUCUAUGAUGUGCGGACCAUCGCAGAGGUAGAGGGUGCAGGUGUCAAGGCCUGGAGGCGGGCGCAGUGGCAAGAGCAGAUCCUGGUGCCUGCCCUGCCCCAGUCAGCCCUGCCAGGUUGCAGCCUUAUCCACGUGGACUACUACUUGCAGGUCUCCCUGAAGGUGCCUGAAGCCACCGUGACCCUUCCUGUCUUCAUCGGCAAUAUUGCUGUGAACCACGCCCCGCUGAGCCCCCGGCCAGGCCCAGGGCUGCCUCCUGGGGCCUCAAUCCCGGUGGUGCCCUCCGCACCGCCCCAGGAGGAGGCGGAGGCUGCGGCUAGCAGCCCCCACUUUGCAGACGCAGUCUCCCUCUCCACGAAGAGCCACUCACAACAGCAGUCACUACCUGCCACCUUCGGCUCUGUGCCUGCUGCCCCUGAGCCCCGCCCUCAGGAUGGCAGCCCUGCUCCCCACCCACUGCCCCCUCCCUUGUGCAUCUCUACAGGUGCCACUGUCCCCUACUUUGCAGAGGGUUCAGGAGGGCCAGUGCCCACCACCAGUACCUUGAUCCUGCCCCCAGAAUACAGCUCAUGGGGUUAUCCCUACGACUUUGCUCUUUCCCCGCAGAGGCCCCGCCAUCCUAUGAGCAGAGCUGUGGCGGUGCAGAUCCCAGCCUGACGCCCGGGAGCUGACCCUGUGCCGCCUUUUCCGGGUGGGCUGACCUCUGCCCUGGGACCGGGCGCCCAGGGCCUCGUGCCUUUGCUCCUGGCCCGGCCCGGCGUACUCAGGACCUGCUGCUGCCCGGCCGUUCCUCGCAGCCUCCGCCUCGGGACCAGCCUCUCCCCGGGGACCUGGGCCUAGAGAGAUGGAGUGUAAAUAAAGCGCUUCAUUUGUA